UGGGAAGGAGGAAAACGAUUGCUGAAUGUCUAGUCCAGUAGCCUCAAUUUGCGGCUGCAAAAAUCUGCAGCUUUGAAACGUUUCACCUGCACCGGUAAGAGGCUCAGGGCCGAUACUAUGUGCCUGAUAGAACUGCAGUGAUUGCAUGGUAGUAAGCGAUGGGCACAUGUGCCUGCGCGUCUAACCGGUGAAAGUGUAUGUAAUCACUGGGUGUAGAUGCAGACUGGCUCAUUGCCAGAACACCGCUGAACGCCCUUCGACGGCCACCGCUACAUACCGCCAUGGGCCACAGGAUCCCCACGAGUCUGAAAGAGUUAGAUCCUGAAGACAUCAACCUACGCUUCCCGGGAUUAGGCCUCAACAUUCCUUGCACGGCGGAAGACGGUGGCGUCGACAAUGGCGGCAUUUCAAUGUAUUGCUGUCACAUUCUCGAACGGCUAUCCGCGUGGAAUCACUUCUUCUGGCAUGUCGGCUUGCAGCUGCGUGAACUCGUCGCACCCGGAAAACUGUCCCUUGUGCGGCUCGCCCGCUUGGGCAGCGGCGGCCUCCAGCAAGAAGUGCGCAGUCGCGACGCUCGGCUUCUCUUCCACCUGCUCUUGGUGCGGCACUGUUGCGUCGUGAGCGCUCACUUCGACGAAGUCGUCUGUGAAGGAAGUGGGCUCGGCGAGUACCGAGAGCUCGUCGUCUCGGCGCUUCAGAACAACACGAGUCUGAGAGCGUUGACCCUCGGCAGCCUAUUUUGCGACUACAGGUGCAUUCGAGAGGACAUGUUCAGGGCGAUGGGAAAGAUGACGCACCUGCGAGAACUGGUCAUCUCGGGCACCGGCGCAGUGCCCUCAGACCUGCUGGACGCGAUUUGUGCGCUCCUGGUAGACACGACGAGUCUGGCCACUCUCUCGAUGUCGGGUCUCAUUUUCGACGCGGAAAACGGGAAGCGCCUCCUCGCCGCGCUUCGGCACAACGAAAGCAUUGCGAACCUGUCUUUGCACCGCAGCAUUCUUCAUUCUCGUUUCCCGAACGGAGUGCCCAUUUUCUCCCGUUUUCUGACCACCAGUGUUCGCCUGUGCUCUCUGAGCGUGCUCGAUGUGUGUUCGGAUUCGGCAAACACGUACAACGAUCUAACGUGCAUGUCCGCAGCGCUUGUCAUUCGCGGAACGCUCUCGAAGCUGAAACUUUCCGGCUUCCUUCUAAACGCCGACUGCGCGGGCCUUCUUGCAUGUCUCGUGUCCCGGAGAGGUGGUUUCCUCAAACACCUGGACAUUAGCGGCUGCCAUUGGAGAGCGGAGUCGUGGCUUCGCGACGACGCUCGACCGAUAGACUUGGAACAACCAGGUCCUGUCUUUUGCAAACCCAUCUGUCCCUGGCUUCAGGGGUUCGACAAUACGUGGGUAAAACUCUCGUAUCUCGCCUUCAGCUUCGCGGGACUCAAGCCAGAUGUCCUCGGAGCUCUCUUGAACACCGCCGCCACCAUCAAAUCUCUCGACACCAUCUCGGUCAGUGACGUGCCGCUGUACGAACUGAAGGAAGUCUGCCAUGUCAUCCGGGAGGCCGGAAUGAGUGACCGAGUCCGUAUAGCAGGCGGAUACCUUGUCGACCGGGCGGCACUAAAUAUGCUCCAAGAGUUUCCAGAAGGACUGCGCCAUGUGACCGUCAGUUCGCUCUUUGAGCCGAGGCCGGAGGUAUUUCGACAGACUGUUGACAUAGCGUGCUCUUGGUACCAGCUGACUGCGCUCUGUCUGCUCCUGACGCAGAAUGUUCUAAGCGACGUCGACACGGUGCUCUUGUUGAGCAACUGUUUGCUCACUGCUACCGGGUUAAGGGAGCUCAAGUUGAGGGGUUGUAACAAGCCAGACCUGAGCCGCUGUCUUCGGGCAGAGGACAGUUCUCAUAGCGUGCUUCUCGAGGCUAUCUUCGAAAAUCCGGGCGUCCGAGAGCUGCGAAUGACCGGGUUCCGUCUAGGCCGGGCCAACUUGUGGUUCCUGGCCGACCAGGUGAUCGCCAGCGAGACGCUGUGCGAAGUAUCCUUUGCUGCCUGUGACAUGUUCGAGAACCAAAGGUUUGUUCAGUUCCUCGCGGCAGAUUUCCGACAGAACAAGAUGAUCGUACAUUUGCAAGUUUUGGAAUCUGUUGACGGAGAAACACUAGAUGAGAGGUUUGUCCUCGAAGAUCUUCUCGGUCGCAACAUAGGCUACCUCACGUGCGCAGCGCACUUUGUAGUCCUCGAGGGCUACUUGCCGCGCUGCGCAGAAGCCUACGAGACCGUCUACCAUAGCCCAGCCCUGAACGGGAAAAUCCACGAGCUCGCGUCCUUGAAAGAGGCGUCGCGGAACGAUGGAAGGAAAUUUUGGGAUGACGUGAUUUUUAGUAAGUGUCGCGAGUAGUAUCUGACAAAGAGGGCAGCGGUGUUCUCUGCUACUAUUCAGUUAUUGAAUCAUUUACCAUUUCACUGACCUGUUCGGCGUUUACGUGUGCACGUCCUUAUCGGUCUAUCGACGCUAUCCUUGUGCGAGUGGUAGGUUGCGUGUUCAGCGCUCUAGCAUGAAAUAAAACGCAUCUACUCUUACAUUCCA